AUGUCCUACAAUCAGUACGGGGGGAACCCCUACGGUAUGCCACCGGGCUAUGGUGGCUACGGCGCACCACCUCCUGGCAGGAAUGCGCCCCCAGGUCUUGGUACGACUACUACACUCGAUGCAAAUUGUGAGGGAGUACUGACUUUGGAUGAUAUAGGACCCCCUCCCGGUAUGGCUGCUCCUCCCGGUAUGGGAGCCCCUCCAGGUAUGCAGCAAGCCAACGCUCCCCAAUCUGGGCGUCCUGGCGGCUUACCCGCCAGCUUUCAGGCUCCAGCCAAUAUGCCGAAUAUCAACUUCAACGCGCCCGUUAUUCGCCUAGGGACGAGCACACCGACGACGGAGGGUGGACGGGGUGAUCGGUCGCAAGCCUCGGGCGGUAGACCUGGUCUUGGUAUGGAGCGUGGUUCCGAUCAGGGACGGGGUGCUGCCAGGGAAUCCGUCCAAGUGCUCAUCCCACCAACUGCCGAUGAGAAACUCCGAACGAUUAUGCUUCACCAGAUCCCAGACGGCAUACAAGGCGAUGAGGGUGUUCAGAAGCUACUCGGUGCCGUUGGAAUAUUGCGCAAGUGGGAGUCUUCGGCGAGUGUGAUAGACGAACACAAAGGCACAAAGUUUGGUUUCGCCAUGUUCGACGAUGCUGAGUCACUAUCCAAUGCUGUCAAGCUUUUGCACGAGCAAGAUGUGGAAGUGCCGGUUCAACGCCAAAGCGGCUCGACCGAUGCCCCCCCCGAGGACGAUAAUUUCGAGGGCAUUAAGAAGGUGACGCUUCAGGUUGCUGUUGACCCUACCACCCUCAAAUACGCAGAGACUUUCGAAGAGAGUAGAGCAGACAAUCCAGCUGCUUUUGGGAAGUUGGAGGAUGCUCAGGCAGCUCUGAAGCAAGUUCUGCGCGAGUUGUUUUAUCCUCCAAUCAGCAACGGUACGGACGCCGAUGGUGACACUGCCAUGAAGAAUGACGCCGACGAGAAUGUUGAAGUGGUCAAUAUCCCCAUAGCACAGGAAGAUGAAUUGGCUGAUAUUCCUGCUGAGAUGCGGGAGGUUGUGGCGGGAGAAAUCGCCGCGUUCCGUGAGAGGAGUAAUCAGCGAGAUCUAGAGCGACUACGAAAGGAGGAGGAAAUGGAAGAAAUGGAGAGGCAGAGAAACGCUCCGUCUCGACCGUCGGGCGGAGCUAAUAACAUUCCUCUGGGCCCCAAGGGAUCGGUGCCAAAUGCGCCAUCCGGACCCAGGGGCCAAAACGGACAUAAUCGUGUAUCAUUUAUUAAUGGCGAGUUCGGCCUCAACCGAGCUGAAGAAGACUCUGACGCCAGCGAUGAGGAGCUUAACCAGAGACAAAAGAAAGCACAGCAAGCCGAGGAUGACAAGGCGUACGUUGAUGCUGAACGCAAGUGGGCAAAUCGAGAACGUUCAAGACAGUCGGCACUGGAUCGAGAACAAGACCGUGAGAAGCAGGAAGCCGAGACUGGGCAGCUCAAAAGGGACGAGCACCUGGGAAGAGAAAAGUCGUGGGACGAUGAACGAGAGGCCAGCCGCAAGUCACAUCCUUAUUACCGCGAUCACGCGACAUGGGCUCGGAAGCGCGGCAUGGACCGGGCAGAUGAGGAGAGUAAAGACGAUGCGGACCGACGAGCCGAAAAUGACGAGCGUCGCCGGGAGCAGGCACAAAUGGAGAGGGCCAGAGGCAUGGCCGACUCGUUCUUGGACCAGCAAGCUGAAGAGAUGGACCGGCGUGAAGCCGCUGCCGCUGCGGCCCCUCAGCCAUUCAAGCUUUCUCUUGGUGCAGCUGCCCAAAAAGCCCAAGCUUCCAGAGUGCCCCAGCGCCGUACAAUUGCCGAGGUGGAAGGCCUGCUGGACGACGAGGACACGGAACAAUCCACCAAGCGUCAACUUAUCCCUAUCCAGAUGGAGCCGAUAUCUGGAGCGGCCGCUAUGACGGAAGAAGAGAUCUCGCAGGCUGUCAGAGCUCUUGCCCAGGAAAUUCCAUCGGAAAGGGACGGGCUGUGGAGCUGGGAAGUCAAGUGGGAUUACAUGGACGACUCUGUCAUCCGGGAGAAGCUACGGCCGUUUGUUGAGAAGAAGGUGGUGGAUUACUUGGGUGUGCAGGAGGAGAUGCUGGUGGAGGCAGUGGAGGAGCAUUUGCGAAAGCACGGCACUGCCGCUGCACUGGUGGAGGAGCUCGAAGGGGCGUUGGAUGAGGAUGCGGAGGAUCUGGUCAAGAAGUUGUGGCGCAUGGUGAUUUUCUUCACCGAGAGUGAGAAGCGAGGGUUGCCAGCGUAG